CUGACUAUGUCUUUCAACAAAGGUCCAGCUUAUGGUUUAUCAGCCGAAGUAAAAAACAAGAUUGCACAAAAGUAUGACUCUCAGAAGGAAGAGGAGCUCAGGAUCUGGAUCGAGGACAUCACUGGCUCUUCCAUCGGCCCCGACUUCCAGAAAGGCUUGAAAAAUGGAGUAAUUCUGUGCGAGCUCAUUAACAAACUCCAACCAGGCUCUGUGAAAAAAAUCAACAAGUCUGCACUGAACUGGCAUCAGCUGGAGAACCAGACAAACUUUAUCAAAGCUACCACAACAUACGGUUUGAAGCCCCAUGAUAUUUUUGAAGCCAAUGACCUAUUUGAGAAUGGAAACAUGACACAAGUUCAGACAACACUGCUCGCCCUGGCUAGCAUGGCCAAGACUAAAGGCUGCCAGUCCCGUGUUGAUAUUGGUGUUAAGUAUGCUGACAAACAGGAGAGGAUGUUUGAUGAGGAGAAGAUGAAGGCUGGACAGUGUGUCAUUGGCCUACAGAUGGGGACCAACAAGUGUGCCAGUCAGGCAGGUAUGAACGCAUAUGGCACCAGGAGGCAUUUAUAUGACCCAAAAGUUCAAAUCCAGCCCCCAAUGGACAACACGACCAUCAGUCUGCAAAUGGGAACCAACAAGGGAGCAAGUCAGGCUGGGAUGACUGCUCCUGGUACGCGAAGAGCUAUUUAUGACCAGAAACUGGGCACCGACAAGUGCGACAACAGCACCAUGUCGCUACAGAUGGGUUUCAGCCAGGGAGCCAAUCAGAGUGGGCAGAACUUUGGGCUGGGAAGGCAGAUCUAUGAUGCAAAAUACUGUCCUAAAGCUGGAGAAGUCGCAGGUGAUCAAAAUGGAGCAGGUAGUGGUCGAGACUACAUCCCUGAUUACCAGGAUGAGGGUUACCAAGGUUACCAGGAGGAAGAACAAGUGUACCAAGAUGAUGGAACAGAUUACUAA